UUACAGUGGGAAGAAAAGGGGCUCCGAGUUUUGUUUUCUGGAGAAGACGAUCCUCUGAGAACAAGCAUGGAUUUGGAAAUCCACUGCAAAGAGUUCAACAACUGGCACUACUGGCUGGUUCCUGCGGCAGUCUACACUGUUUUGGUGUCUUUCUUGCAAAAACGCAAGACACAAUGUGUCCUGGAUUACAAACUCUCUUUAAAUCAACGCUUCGGAAUGCCAUUGCCCUUCAAGCUUCUCAGCACCCACAGUAACCGCUGGGGUUUCGCUCUGGCCUUUGGUGCUAUUGCCAAUGUGCUACUUCACACAACUGUAGAGGUGAUUAGGUGCCUUCACUUCACUCCUAAUGUUUGGGCUGAAGUGUUGGUGCUCCUCCUGAUGUCUGUGGAGGUGGCAGUCAUCCACUACCCUAUGUUCAUCUGCAUGUCUGUGGAGAACAAGGCUGUGGGCAGCUUCCUGGGCUUAAUAUACUCCCUGGCCUGGUUCCUCUACCAAGUGCUGUUGACGUCCAGCCUCCAAACUGAGAUUCCCCACAUAGAGUCAUCCAGACCCCCCCCAGUGCCCAGCCUCAUCUGCUGCUCCUUACUGGUGCUGCGUUACUUUUACAGUUUCUUCAAAGAGGUGUGCAUGUGUCAGACUCACAGGUCUGAUGACCAGAGUCACAGGUGCGAGAUUCCGCUCCACAACAUAAAGUAUGUGAAGUGUUUACUGCAGCCCAGCAGCCCAGUGGUGAAGCCUUUGUUUUUCAGGCUGCUGUAUGACUGGGACCCCUGCUUCUGCUUCCCUGCUGGGAUGAUCACUAUGGCUGUGCUAUCCCUUAUAGGAGUUUACACUAUAUUAAUGAAAUUCUUGCUGUGGAAUAACUACAUCAAAGACUGGUUCCAAGGGGCAAAUUUUGAUGAACAUUUCCAUAUAUUUGGAGUCAUUGCUGUGUUACUGACUGCCAUAGUGUCUGUCUAUCACAUCUUCACCAUCAUGGUCAAGUACAGAGCUCAGAUGAAGAGGCUUUACAAAGGUGACCGCACAGGUUUGCCCAAAAAAUUUCCAGCCACAGAUGAUAUCAUGGUGAGGAGCAUCGCAUACAUCGGCACCCAGGUUGCUGCUCUCAUGUCCAGUGUGGCUGUGAUCUAUUUACUCUUCCUCGCUGGUGUGGUUGCCUUUUAUUGGAUCAUUGUUGUUCCUCUGCAGCAAAAAAGGGCUCAUGAAGUCUACACACUACUAGGAAAUAUACUGGGCAACAUCAUCCCACUGGUGGCUUUGUUCCUCAUACUGAAGGCCACAAUGUACCGUUUCUUCCUACAGGAGAAGCUGUCCCAGAGGGACCAACAAAAGCCUCUUGCCUUAAAAAACCUACGUGCUUUGGAGAACUUGAGGUACUUCAGCUUGUUUUACUAUGUGAUUACCGGGAUAGUGAAGACAGGGGGCAGUCUCCUGAUUAGAAUCAUCCUAGGUUGUCUGACCAUGGGCCGCAUUGACCGCACAGCUAUUCCCUCCGGGCUGCCAAGGUUCCUGGAUUCCAGAUAUUGGUGCUGGGUGUCUAUGCUGUUGGUGAAUUCCACUCAUACCAACCCUACUGCUCUCACCUUCUGUCACCUGAUGCUCUGCUCGCGUUUCACCUUUGACCCUGAGUCUGACUGGAUUGUGUUGCCAGGAGCAGCAGUGUCCUUGGCCCGGCGCCGCUGGUGGCUCUGCUACACACUGGUGAGAAACCCCAGGCUGGUGUUCCAUCGCAGGCCAGAGACCCCGCCCAUAGAAGAGUUGUCCCCCAUAAGUCCUCAUUCUGUGGUUGCUACAAGCCCUCUGCUGCACAUAUGAGGCCUCCUGCCCCUGCUACUGCCCCCUGAUACACAGACUGCACGUCCUUAAAUGUCUCCAGUCUGGGUUAUGGAUGGUGCAGGAACACCAGGGCGAGCCUCUGGACUGAUCCAUGGUUUCACUGUCUCUCUCUCUCUCCCUCUCUCUCUCAGAUACACACACACACACACACACACACACACACACACACACAAAAUCCUGUAAUAGGAUUAUUGCUAUUUGUACCUUUGUACGUUCUGCUUCCCAUUUUUUCAGCGUGUUUUUAUACUGGUGCUGCAGUUGUGUGCAGCUGAAGAAUGGAUCCACUGAAGAGCUGCACACACAUACACACGUGGACCAUGGCUCCUGUACUCUGCUGGCAGGUGGCUGCAGUAGGACUGGUUAGCUCUGGUUCUGCACACUGUCCUCGAGCUGGAGAACUCAGCUUCAUCCUCUGGAUGGUCCAGCUGUCCUGUUCCAACCUCUCAGUGUUGCUCACCUGUGGCACACUCUCAGGUCAUAGUGCUCAAGGAUACAGAAGACCCCGGGGGAAAGUCCAUACCUUGUCCAAGAUGUUCUUCCUCUUCCUCAGUUAUGGCACAGUGUCCUCUUUGGACUCUCCUACAACCCAGACAGGGAUCCCUAUGGAUAGGGGUUAAUAGUUAAUUUCAAGACCUCCUGGGACAUUGUCCAUCUGGCUUGUUCUCCUUUGCCUCUACUGGACACUUUGGUUCAUCUGUUAUGGUAGGACCACGCUGGACAUGUGUUCCUAACCUGCAGCUCUGUCCUGUUGUUCUGUUCAGCAUGUUUUCUUCUGUUUGACACACAGUUUUUGUGUCCUGUUUUCUGUAGUGUGUAAUAAAGCACUGCACU